UUAGUUUUCCCUGUUUAGGAAUGGUGUGCCAUAUCCCCUCUUCUCGUCUUCUCUUGUAAAGUUCUCAUUAAAGAGGUUUCCUCUGGGAAUGUCUUUGAUCAGCAAAUUCAGAGUUUCUUCCUCUUUCUCUCUCUCUCUCUCUCCCUCUCUCCCUCCCUUUCUCUCUCUUUCAUUCCAACACAAUCAACUGGGUGUCAUUUUGGUUCCUCCUUUUUAUGUAAACGUCACUUUCAAAGAAAAAGGAAAACUUCAACUGAGACUUUUUCCCUUCAGCUCUGUCAAGGAUUUUUGAUUUUAUUGUUCAUUUCCAAAGGUUUUGUGUUUUAUUUUGUCAAACGUUUGUUCUAUUGGGCUGGAAUGGUGGACUAAAAACAAGGUCACAUGUUAGAAGACUUUUAUGUCACUGUUUUGUGUUACUUUUCUUCUUUUUUGUGACAGUUUUGGCUGAAAUAAUUAAGGGUGUUAGCAUAAUUGUCUAAUAUCAAACAGCUGCAUAUAUCAGUGAUGGUUGAUGUCGAAAUUGGAAAUCAGAUAUUGGCAAGAGGUUAAUGUCAGACAUUACUAGAAAGAAAAAAAAAUCUCUUGGUCUUUCACAUAUGGUUAAAUGUAUUAAGCAAAAAUGUUUGAGGCUCUAGGAUUUUAUUUUUUUAAAAGCCUGUAGAGUCAUUAAAAGUAAUCUCCAUCAUCGCUAAUGGAGCACAGAAGGUACUGUAUGUGACUAUGCAUUUAUCAGAACAAAUACUGCUGUCUGUUUUUCAUUGUACUUAUUUCUUUUCAAAGAAACUCAGACUGGCUGAAGAAGGAAGAGAACUCUAAAGAGUGAGAGAAAAGUUUUGAAAGUCACUGAUCGAAACCACUGUCAGAGGGGCCCUGACUGCAGGACUGAAUGGAGGCUUCCCAUGAACACAGGUGGAGCAGGGCGAGCAUCACUGGGACCAAUUAGAGCAGAGCACAGGCUGGUUGGACGAUGGAGUGAAAACUGUCCAGUUCCUAUGUACCCCGCCCCCCAAACCAAGUGCCUGCUGGGACUGGCUCCACCGACUGCGACCCUGACAAGGACUAAGCGGAGAUCCCUUUGGAGAAGAGCAUCGUAGAGCCGGACUACAGUCACGACUGCUGCAGCAUCACCUGAUAAAAUUAGCGCAGAGAUUUAGCCUCCGCAUUCUUGUCAUUUAUAAUCCCACCAAAGCCACCGUCCAGCAACCAUGUCUGUAGCGGGGCUGAAGAAGCAAUUCCACAAAGCCACUCAGAAAGUGAGUGAGAAAGUCGGAGGAGCAGAGGGAACGAAGCUCGAUGAAGACUUCACUGAAAUGGAAAAGCGGGUGGACACCACCUCGCGGGCAGUGCUGGAUAUUAUUACCAAGACCACCGAGUAUCUGCAGCCAAACCCAGCCACGAGAGCCAAGAUGAGCAUGAUGAGCUCCAUGUCACGUAUGCGGGGCCAAGAGAAGGGGCCGGGCUACAUUCAGACUGAGACCACCCUGGGAGAGGCCAUGCAAAGGUUUGGCAGGGAGCUCGGAGAGGAGUCGACCUUUGGCAUCGCCCUCAUUGAUGCUGGUGAGUCCAUGCGUGAACUGGGAGAAGUUAAAGACGCUCUGGACAUGGAGGUCAAACAGAACUUUAUUGAUCCGCUGCAGAACCUCCAUGAAAAAGAUCUGAAGGAGAUCCAGCAUCACCUGAAGAAGAUGGAGGGCCGUCGUCUGGACUUCGACUACAAGAAGAAACGUCAGGGCAAAGUGACAGACGACGAGAUCAAACAGGCGCUGGAGAAGUUCGAUGAUUCCAAAGAGAUUGCUGAGCAGAGCAUGUUCAACCUUCUGGAGAGUGACAUUGAACAAGUGAGCCAGCUAGCUGCUCUGGUCCACGCCCAGGUGCAGUACCACAGUCGGGCUGCAGAGAUCCUCACACAGCUCUCCAAUAACCUUGACGAGCGGAUAAGGGACAGUUCCAACAAACCCAGGAAAGAGUUUAUUGCUAAGCCCCGUACAUCUCUGGACAUUUCCCUCAGUGAGAACCACAAUGGAGGGAUCCACGGUGCUCGUUCUCCAGGGGCGAGGUCUCCAGCAAGGUCUCCAGCAAGAUCUCCAGCCCGAUCUCCAGCACCCAUGGACCAGCCCUGCUGUCGGGCUCUGUAUGAUUUUGACCCUGAAAAUGAAGGCGAGCUGGGCUUCAAAGAAGGCGACAUCAUCACCCUCACCAACAAGAUCGAUGAAAACUGGUACGAGGGGAUGCUGCAUGGAAACUCCGGCUUCUUUCCCAUCAACUACGUGGACAUCCUGGUCCCACUGCCACACUAGGAUGUACCCACUCCCAGCUGUGUCUGCAACAGUGGCCGCCCACUCUUACAGUAUUUCCCAGUCAUGUUCUCCUAAACAUUCCUAAUUCAAACUCCCUCUACCUUCAAGUCAAAACCGCAGCAAGACAAAAAUGGACAGUAUUGGCAAAAAAAAAAAAUUAGGGCGAGUAUUCACCUACCAAGUGUUACGAUGAUGUUAAGAUAAUGCUGUUGCUUUUCGAUCGUUUUUGUCUCCGUUUGCUGUCAGUCACAUUAAGAGUCGAUUAGAACGACUCCACACAUUCACAUUUCCUCUCACACACGUGGAAACAUUCCAGUAGUUAAAGCCUUUUUCCUCUGGACUUUUGCUUCAUGUUUGUUAGCGACUGUAGAUCAAGCAUGACUUAGGUGUUGAUAAUUUAUUCUUACUUCAAUUUAUUUAACAAAUUGUCUAUGUUUAACAGGUUUUUGUUUUUAACCACUACCUGUAGAGACACUCCGUCCCCGUCAUGUCCUCAAACAUCCGACCUCAGACGACUUGUGGUAAUAUUUUUCUUUUCUUUUUUUAACAUUGUGUAUGCAUGAACCAUCGUAUGAGAUUUAGAAACCAAAGGUAACUAUAAACACUAAUAUGACUCCUAACACAGAGGUCAAUAAACCUGUCCGAUGCAAAAUGAGAAGCAAUCUUGUUCUCUGCUGUUCUUUGGUCUAUUUACUAAGAAAGGGUUCAAACUGUAUUAAUACUGUAUUAUGUGAAUAUCUAAGCCAGUUAUUAGUGAAGUUUAAAUUGUCUCAAGUGAUGUAAGAAAACUACGGUGCAUACGCUUUGAUGCUCAAGUAUGUAAAGAAAGGAGGAGGAGGGUUGAUGUGUUGUGAUAUAAUAACUAAAAUCCUCAGUGAUUCAACAGUUUUAUCAGGGACUGCAGUGGAAGCUCCUCCCUCGCUGCACUCCUUCUAGUCCUGUAAGUGUUCUGUAGUGUAGCAGUCUGUAGGAAACUGGUUUGGACUGAAAAAGCCAAGUAUGCGACCACGUCACUGGUUGUGUCUGUGACUUGGGGUCAAAGGGGCGCACAACUGGAAGAGUAUAAUAGUAAAAAUGUUAUUUUAGUUUUAGUAAAAAUGUUAUAUCCUGUGAAAUUAUGCAACACCCACACCAAAUCCCAUUCCCUUAAAUGAAUAUAAACAUAAACGCCAGUAAUAAUUUAUUUCUUAUCUACAUGUUUAUUUUUCUAAAUCUGGGCUCGCUUCAUGUCUUUAAUAAUGAUAAGGUAGAAAUGAGGCCAACCUCAGUCAUUAUUCACUCGGUUUAACACUGAGGCCUCGCAGCGUCAGUGUCAUGGACAACCUCCAGCAAUAUUCUCUGUGCUCAACUAUAACUCCAUUCUCCAGCUCUCUUGCAGAAAUGUGCACUUAUUUAUUUUUGGGAAGGCGUGUGUUCCUGGGUUUGCGAAUUUGCAAACAACCUCUUCUGCUGGGGUGUAUAUUUAAUUUUACUGUCUCUGACAGUGUUCAGCCUAAAUCAUGGAUGUCUCUUCAAUCGUAGGACCAAUACAAUAUAUUCAAUGAAACUUCAAAUGUGACAUGCUAUGUAUUAUUUACAUGUAUAUUUCUCUCUCUUUUUUUUAAGAACUAUGAAUUUGUUCGUUCCUGUACUCUGAAAAGGUAAUCCAAUUCUUCAGUCUUUACAUUAACUAUUUAAUUUCUUUUUCUAUUUGUGUGUCUUUGCCCUCAAUGAGGACUGUACAGCUUUUGUGUUUUGUUUCACCUCGUAUAUAUCAUUGUGCAUCUACAGUAAUGUAUCUUAUUUUUGUAACUGUGGCAAAAGUAUAAGCAAAAGAAUAGAUGUACUCACUAUAUAAUCCAGAAACAUUUGGAAAGGAGGGAUUCUCUGUGCUUCACAUGAUUGUCUUUGGAUUGUUUGGUUUCCUGUUUUAUUUCACUCAUGCACCGGAUUUAAGAUUGUAUGCUUGAUGUGAAGAAAAUGUGAUAAGUCCAUAUAAUUAAAUCCAAUAAAUACAUAGAAAUG